CAUUUUAAACUUUACUUAUUUCUAUCAAGUUUUAGUCGCACACGAUCCAUGACUUAGUUCAUAUGAUUGUAAGUGAUAGAAGAUAGAAAUUGCACAUUGCAUUCUUAAUCGUGGAAUUCAAAAAUAAACAUACGUGCUAUGUGAAUUAAAGGAAUUACUAUUACAUUAUAUCUAUCUUUUUAUCGUUACUGUAGUAUAAUAUAAAAUAAAUUAUUCGGUGAAGAAUCAUAUAUUAGAUAUUAAAUUUUUCGAAUUCAAGAUUAAUUGGCAUCAAAAACAAAGAAAGUUUCUUUUUCUUAAUUUAUAAGCUAAUAGAUAGCAAGAAAAUAUAUCAAAAUGAAAAAUCUGUCUUAUACUGAAGUGGUUACCACACCUAAUUAUUUAUAUGUUUUUAACUUCGAGAAAAAUUUCGUUUAUAUGGAAACUAAAAAAUGGAUGCAAAAUAAUUUGACGAAUAGUAUUUAUUAUUGUAUUAUUUAUGUUAUUCUAGUCUUUGGUGGGAAAUAUUACAUGUUAAAGAGACAAAGGUUUAAUCUCAGAGGUGCACUUGUAUUGUGGAGUUCAUUGCUUUCAUUGUUCUCCAUUAUUGGACUAUCUAGAACAUUACCAGAAAUGAUUCAUAUAUUAACGUAUCACGGUUUUUAUCAUAGUGUUUGUAUACCUAGCUUUAUUGAACAGGACGUAGUAUCUGGUUUUUGGGCAUGGAUGUUUGCUCUAUCAAAACUUUUGGAAUUUGGCGAUACAAUCUUUAUAGUGUUACGAAAGCAGGAAUUAAUUUUCUUGCAUUGGUAUCAUCACAUAACAGUUUUUCUUUAUACAUGGUUCUCAUAUGCAGACAAUAUUGCAUCCGCGAGAUGGUUUAUGGUGUUAAAUUAUUUUGUGCAUUCCAUAAUGUAUAGUUAUUAUGCUCUGAAAGCAAUGAGAUACAAAACACCAGUAUUCAUUCCAAUGUUAAUUACCAUUCUACAAAUAACUCAAAUGAUUUUAGGUUGCAUUAUAAGUAUUGUGAGUUAUCACUAUUUGGAAAGCCAUAAAGAAUGUAAAAAUUCGCGUAUACAUAUGAUUUUUAGUAUACUUAUGUAUCUUAGUUAUUUCAUUCUUUUUUGCAAAUUCUUUUACAAAUCUUAUAUUGACAAAAAUGGUAAAUUUCAAAAGAAAAUGACUAUAAACGGAACAAUGGAUCAUAAAAAGUUCAAAGCUAACUGAAACAUAUCAAAAUUUUUUCAAAACUUUUUCAAAAAACUCAUUCCAAUUAUAUUUUUUUUAAGAAUCUUUUUUA